AUGUUGGCUAGUCAUCCUGAAAAAAGAAUAUCAUUCGACCGAUUGAUUCGUUAUGGCGAUCUGGUUAUUGUUUACGAGAGGCAUGACAAUAUGAAGGCGGUAACAGUGUCUGAGGGUUCGGUUUUGCAGAAUCGCUUUGGUGUUUUUAAACAUUCAGAUUGGAUUGGAAAGCCUUUUGGGUGUAAAGUAUUCAGCAGUAAGGGUGGUUUUGUUUACUUGUUAGCUCCGACUCCGGAAUUAUGGACUCUGGUGUUAAGUCAUAGGACUCAAAUUUUGUAUAUUGCGGAUAUUAGUUUGGUUGUCAUGAAUUUGGAGAUUGUUCCUGGUUGCUUAGUUCUUGAAUGUGGAACUGGAAGUGGGUCUUUAACUACUUCACUUGCAAGAGCAGUUGCGCCUAAAGGACAUGUCUAUACAUUUGAUUUCCAUGAACAAAGGGCUGCAUCAGCUAGGGAUGAUUUUGAGAGAACGGGUUUAAGUAGCUUAAUCAGUGUGGGAGUUAGGGACAUUCAGGGUAAAGGAUUUCCCGAUGAAUUUAUUGGCUUGGCUGACUCUGUAUUUUUGGAUCUACCUCAACCUUGGUUGGCCAUUCCUUCUGCUGCAAAAAUGCUUAAACAAGAUGCCACAUUGUGCUCAUUCUCUCCAUGUAUUGAACAAGUACAACGAUCGUGUGAUGCACUUCAGUCCUGCUUCACAGAUAUAAGGACAUUUGAGGUACUCUUACGCCAAUAUGAAGUUCGAGAAGAGAAAAUGGAAAGCUUUCAUGGAGAUGACAAUGGUUCUAAUGGUUCUCUUUCUCGCAAGAGGAGACAGUGUUCAGAUGGAAACCAUGUUGUCAGCAAUUCUACUUCUUCUGUCAUGGCUAGACCUUGUGGUGAAGCUCGAGGUCACACUGGCUAUUUGACAUUUGCAAGACUUAAAUGCUUUUCAUGA